AUGGCGCCCCAGAUCCUCACCUCCAUCUACCCGCCGCUGCCAAAGGCGAGCCACUCCAACAUCUUUGACUUUGUCAGCGGCCAGUCCAGCGAGCACCUCGCCGACAAGGUCCAGUUCGUCCGUCAGGAUGGCAAAGAGUGGACCCAUGGCCAAGUGAUCCGCGAGGCCCGCCGCCUGGCAUGGGCGCUGCGCCACCGCCUCGGUCUGCAGCCGCGGCAGCGCUUCGGCGUCAUCUCGCCCAACCACACCAUGUACCCGGUCCUCAUCUUUGCCGCCGAGAUCGCAGGGCUGGUGGCCGCGCCCAUUAACCCGGCGCUGACCGUGGGCGAGCUGGCCAAGUCGCUGGCCCAGGCCUCGGUCGACGCCGUUUUUACCCACCCCUCGUGCCUCGCCAACGCCCGCGCCGCCUGGGUCGAGGCGCGAGGACAGCUGGGCCGACCCACGUCGGCCGCCGACCCGAGCUCGGGCCUGUGGCUGCUCGACGACGCUGACGAGCUGGUCCAGGGCGACCUGGGCGAACAGGACGUGCGCAGCCAGCUCACGGCGAGCGAGCUCGAGACGUACCGCGUCGCCGACCCGGUCAACGAGGUGGCCUUCAUCAUGUUCUCGUCGGGCACCUCUGGCUCGGCAAAGGGCGUGCAGAUCACCCACUCCAACGUCAUCCACAGCGUCAUGGCGCUGCUGGCCACCCACGACGACUACUUUGGCCAGAAGGACGUGCAGGUCGGCUUCCUGCCCUUCUACCACAUCUUUGGGCUGAUCAAGCUCAUGCACCACCCCUUUUCGCUCGGCAUGAAGGUCGUCGUGCUGCCCAAGUUCGGCCUCGACAUCUUCUGCGCCAAGGUGGAAGAGUACCGCGCCACGGCCGCCCUCGUCGUGCCACCCGUGCUGCUGCAGCUGGCAAAGAGCCCGGUGCCCGCUUCGUACGAUAUGUCGAGCCUGCAGUGCGUCCAGUGCGGCGCGGCGCCGCUCAGCGCCGAGCUGUUUGAGCUGCUCGAGGCGAGGUACCCGGGCCUGGCGGUGCUCAACGGCUACGGCCUCACCGAGUCGCUGCCCUCGGUCAUCUGCUCGGGGCCCAAGGGCCUGCCCAACUCCAAGGGCGCGGCGGGCAGGAUCGCGCCCGGCGUCGAGGUGCGGCUGGUGAGCGAAGAGGGCUACGACGUCGGCGCCGAUCAGGGCCGGGAUGGGCCGAGCCGGGCGACGGGUCAGAGGGAGAGGAGCAACAGCAGCAGGAGAGACGGCGAAGAGACGGUCUUUUCGCCCAUCUCGCCCGCCGCUGCCGCCUAA